AUGACCACCACACAACAGCCCACGACCACCACGACACCAUCAAUGACGACAACGAAAUCGACGUCGACAACAACAACAACCCCCGGCGAGGUCGAGGCGACGAAAACGGACGACCACGUUGCCACGUCAACAGACGACUACGCCCACGGACAACGACACGUGCCCAAUGGAACGACCACGUCACCAGACACGGAGGGGAGAGGGUGCCACGUCGCUAUCAGCGACGUGGCAACCAAACGACGAACGACGACAUCAUCGUCGUUCGUCGUCAUACAAAGGUUAGUGGCCCCACCCUCUUCCAUCCCAACUCACCCCGUUAACGAUCACCACGACACGACAACAAUGAGGGCCCACAACGAGGAGUGCCCAUCCCACCCCGUUGACGAUCACCGUCACCCAACGACGAUGACACGAAGACAACGAGCGCCCACGAAUGACAACCGCCGCCCACGAAAAACGGUCCACGCACCCACCACCAUCUGCUCUCCACCCUCCAACCACGACGCCGGCCAUCGACAACGCACACCGCCCACCGACGAACCUCACCACACCCCAAACAACGCUUAG